AUGGUUUCGUCUUGGUUGAUCAUAGGCCUUCUCAGCCUCUCCCGGGUAACGGCCGCCCUGGGACCGCAGCUCGGCUUGCCCGAGAUGUGGGAGGACUUCCGCCGCGAAUCCGAGCUUGAGGCCGCAGUCCGCACAGCCUCGAAGUCGGCGGCGACCUUCCGACUGGCGGCGAACGACACUGUUCCCGGUGCACCCAAUCCGGCGACUCUCUACCAAGCCUACAACCUCUCAGUUCCCGUCGACCACUUCCACAAUGAAUCCAUGUACGCGCCUCACUCGAACGGGACGUUUCCCUUACGGUACUGGUACGACGAUCGGUUCUACAAGCCCGGCGGUCCCGUCAUCGCCCUCGCCGCCGGUGAGACCAACGGUGCGGGACGCCUGCCUUUCCUGCAAAAGGGCAUCGUCGCCAUCCUGGCUGAAGCGACCAACGGACUGGGCGUCAUCUUGGAGCACCGAUACUACGGCAGCAGUUAUCCUACCCCGGACUUAAGCACCAAGAAUCUGCGGUUUCUAACCACCGAUCAAGCAUUGGCCGACACCGCAUACUUCGCGAAGAACAUUGUCUUCCCCGGCAAACUCGCCGAGCUCGACCUGACGGCCCCCGGGACCCCCUGGAUCAUGUACGGAGGUUCGUACGCCGGCGCCUUCGUCGCCUUCCUCCGCAAAGUAUACCCCGAGGUGUUUUGGGGCGCAAUCUCAUCUUCUGGGGUCACUGCCGCCGUCGUUGACUUCUGGGAGUACUACGAGGCCGCGAGGCUCUACUCCCCGGAGGGAUGCGCCGAAACGACGCAAAAGCUGACCCACGUCGUCGACAACAUCCUGCUACAGAAGGGCAACACCACAAAAGACGACAUCCUGACGCUCAAGACUGCGUUUGGCCUGCCCAACGUCACCGGAGACGUCGACUUCGCCAGCACCAUCCGAGGCGGCAUUGGAGGCCUGCAAGGCCGCAACUGGGACCCGGCCAUCGACAACCGGGCCUUCCUUCGCUACUGCGGUAACAUGACAUCCGACGAAAUCAUAUGGCCCGCAACGGAGAAACUGGACUCUACUCUUCGCUACCUGCUGACCGCUGGCGGGUACGAGGCCGAGAUCGAGGAGUUGGUUCCGCGGUUCAAGAACUACAUCGGCUACGUCAACUUCACCAGAGUGUCUUCGUGCCGCCAGACGCAGGACGAGUGCUUCGGGCCCGGGGCGGAUGAUGUCUACGCCGCCGACGACCUCAACGCGUCUUGGCGCCUCUGGGCCUACCAGUAUUGCUCGCAAUGGGGUUACCUCCAGACGGGAUCUGGUGUCCCCGAGACCCAGCUCGGGUUGAUAUCGCGCCUGAUCGACAUCGACUUCACAACGAGGAUCUGCCGCAAGGCCUUCAACAUCACGACACCGCCCGACGUCGACGCCAUCAACAAGUACGGCGGGUACAACUUCAGCUACCCGCGCGUCGCCAUCAUCGACGGCGAGGCGGACCCGUGGCGCGCGGCGAGCCCCAACAAGAUCGGGCUGGCGAGGCCCGCGUCCACCACGGAGGAGCCGAACCUGGUCAUCGCCGGCGGGGCUGUCCACCACUGGGACGAGAACGGCAUCUUCAGGAACGAGACGACGGCCGAGCUGCCUCCGACGCCGGUGAAGGAGGCCCAGGGUUUCGAGGUCGAGUUUGUGCGAGCGUGGUUGAAGGAAUGGGAGAGGCAGAAAUAA